AUGGCAGCCGCCAAGGCCACCAGCUUGGCCUCGGCGGCGGAGUCCGCCGUGUUCCGGGGCAACCAGGAGCUCACCCGCCUGGCGCGCUCGGGCCAGCUGGCCGCCGCGCGCCGCCUGUUCGACGAGAUGCCCCGCCGCAACACCGUCUCCUACAACGCCAUGCUCUCCGCCUUCGCGCGCCACGGCCGCUUCGCCGACGCGCGGCGCCUGUUCGACGAGAUGCCCCGCCGCAACACCGUUUCGUGGAACGCCAUGAUCUCCGCCUGCUCGGACCACGGCCGCGUCGCGGACGCCCGGGAGCUGUUCGCCGCAAUGCCCGCCCGGGACGACUUCUCCUGGACGCUCAUGGUCUCCUGCUACGCCCGCGCGGGCGAGCUGAAGCUCGCGAGGGACACGUUCGACCGGAUGCCCGGGGAGAAGUGCGCGGCGUGCUACAACGCCAUGAUCUCCGGGUACGCGAAGAACGGCAGGUUUGACGACGCGGUGACGCUGCUGCGGGAAAUGCCGGCCCCUGACAUAGUUUCUUGGAACUCGGUGCUGGUGGGGAUGACCCGGGAUGGGAAAAUGGCCCGGGCGGUCCAGUUCUUUGACAAGAUGCCGCAGAGGGACAUGGUGUCCUGGAACGUGAUUCUGGAUGGGUACGUGCGUGCUGGGGAUCUUGCCGCGGCUUCUGGCUUAUUCGAGAGGAUCCCAUCGCCUAAUGUCAUUUCUUGGGUUACCUUGCUGAAUGGUUAUUGCCGGGCAGAGAGGAUAGGUGAGGCGAGAGAACUGUUCGACAGAAUGCCCGAACGCAAUGUUGUGUCUUGGAAUGUGAUGCUUGGUGGGUACGUGCGGCUUUCGAACAUGGAGGAGGCCUAUAAGUUGUUCACGGAGAUGCCGGAUAAGAACUCAAUCUCAUGGACAACUAUCAUAAGUGCAUUAGUGCGUGCUGGGAAGCUCCAAGAAGCAAAGGAUAUGCUGAACAAGAUGCCUUUCGAUAGCUUUGCAGCAAAGACUGCGCUGAUGCAUGGUUAUGUGCAGAGCAAGAUGGUCAAGGAUGCACGCCACAUCUUUGAUGGACUUGAGGUCCGAGAUGCGGUGUGCUGGAAUACCAUGAUAUCUGGCUAUGUCCACUGUGGAAUGCUUGACGAGGCCAUGUCGUUGUUCCAGCAAAUGCCGAACAAGGACAUGGUUUCUUGGAACACCAUGAUUGCUGGCUAUGCCCAUGAUGGUCAAAUGCGCAAGGCAGUAAGUAUUUUCAGAAAGAUGAAUCAGAGGAAUGCAGUAUCGUGGAACUCAGUCAUCUCCGGAUUCGUUCAGAAUGGGCUCUGUGUUGAAGCACUCCAACAUUUCGUGCUCAUGACGAGGGAUGCAAAGGUGCCUGACUGGUCUACAUAUGCGUGUUGUCUCAGCGCAUGCGCAAACUUGGCUGCGUUGCAAGCUGGGAGACAGUUCCACAGUCUUCUUGUCAGGAGUGGGUAUAUCGUUGAUUCCUUUUCUGGAAAUGCCUUGAUUUCUGCAUAUGCAAAGUGUGGUCGGAUGUUGGAGGCAAGACAGGUAUUUGAUGAGAUGGCAGGUCAGGACAUCGUUUCAUGGAAUGCGCUCAUUGAUGGCUAUGCUUCUAAUGGCCGUGGGGCUGAGGCGAUCUCAGUUUUCCGAGAAAUGGAAGCCCAUGAUGUCCGACCUGACGAGGUCACAUUUGUGGGUGUCUUAUCAGCUUGCAGUCACGCAGGAUUGGUUGACGAAGGGUUGGCUUUCUUCAACUCGAUGACAAAAUACUACUCGUUACAGCCUGUGGCUGAACACUAUGCUUGCAUGGUGGAUCUACUCGGAAGAGCUGGGAGACUUGCUGAAGCCUUUGAACUUAUUCAGGGAAUGCAGAUCCAACCUAAUGCUGGUGUAUGGGGUGCAAUGCUCGGAGCAUGCCGGCUACACAAGAAUGACGAACUCGCACAUGCUGCAGCCAAGAAGUUAAUUGAAUUGGAACCUCACAAGACUUCAAACUAUGUGCUGCUGUCGAACAUCAGCGCAGAGGCAGGCAGGUGGGAUGAAGCUGAGGAGAUGAGGGUCAUGAUUACAGAAAGGGGAGUGCGUAAGCCACCGGGCUUAGCUGGAUCAACAUAGCGAAUACGGCCUGCACCGUGUCUUGUAACGAUUCGCAGAAACCGAGUGUGCGCAUGAUGAGGUGGUUGUUACCCGAAUCAGACUCUUGCCUGCUGUAUCCUGGUUAUACCCCUGGAACUCCCAUGCCAAAUGUUGAUGCACUGAGGCGCUCAAGGCAGUGAUACGACACAGCUGAGGGGUGAGGAGAGUGAGGUUUUGCGGAACUUAACUCGAUCCUGAUUCUUCUUGUCUGGUGUAUGGGGUGCACUGCUUGGAGCA